AUGGAAACUAUUGAUAUCCAGAGUAGAUCCUUUGUGGUUCGAUGGAUCAAUUGUUCUCAGGGCGAUGUGAUUAGCUACCAGGUGAAGCCCUUGAAGAAAUCGAUCGAAUUAGGGAUUUAUAAGAAACCAAAGAGUAGUGUUGAUGGGAGUGGAAACUCUGCUGUGCAUAUAGCGCCCGAUACUAGGGCUUUGCUGAACUAUACCACUAAAUCUUUUCUGCAUAGGAAUAGUAGUGCGAGUAUUGAUGAGAGUGGCAAUUCCAGUACUAGUAGUGUGACUUCAUUGAACGGUUCUCAUGACUCUCGUAAGCUCCAUGGAUCCCUUUCAUUAAGUGAUAUUCAACAACAGUCUCAAGAGAUCCCUGUGCGAGACAAAUUGACUGCAGCGGGUUUUACGAUGGUCCAGUGGAUAGGUAGGGUACGUGGGAAUGAGAUGCAACAGGGUUUAUUAGAAGUUAAAGAUGAUGAUUACUAUUACGCAUUUAUUUUGGAUAACACGUCUUCGAAAAACGUCAAGCGGAAAGUCCUGUUCAACGCCAAGGCAAUACAUGAUGUCGAUUCGGGAUCCGAAGUUAAGGCGAAGUACCCAGUGACACCAGCCACUACACCAAAGGCUGGCUCUCUGAAGAUGCAACCACACGAUGAUCUAUUGAGCGUUGGACGCGGGAGGUAUUUACAAGGUUAUCUCUUGAAAAAGAGACGGAAGAAGUUACAAGGUUUCAAGAAAAGAUUCUUCUCUCUUGAUUUCAAGUACAAUACGUUGUCAUACUACCUAAAUGAGCACAAUCAAACUUGUAGAGGUGAAAUUGUGAUCAAUCUUUCGACCGUGAGUGCAAACAAAAAAGAUAAACUCAUCAUUAUCGACUCAGGGAUGGAACUGUGGGUGCUGAAAGGUAAGGACACUGCGACUUGGACCCAUUGGGUCGAUGCUUUACAAAAGUGUUACGAAAGACCUAGAUUGAAUAUACAAUCACACAGGCUCAAGAAAGAUGAGAAGGAGACGAGACAAAGACAGAAGGAGCAAUUCGAUUCGUUAAAGAUAGGAAAGAAAGAUCCCUCGAUGGUAAAUGUGCCUUUAUUAGCAAUCAAUUCGAAGAAAGAACAAUUUCCACUACACAAAACUCAGAAUGAUUUGACAAGUACACUUAAACUUAUCCAGCAAAGAGUAGAACAAUGUAAGAGUGAUUCUAUGUCAUACGAACUCAAAGAACAUGAACCGAAGAAAAAAUCCCGGACUUCAUCGGCUUCUUCGUUGGAAAACAACUUGGAUCCAACGGAAUCAUUUGAGUCUGUGCAUUCCAUUAUUGCAUCAGCGAGAGUCCAAGAACAAAAGCAUCCAUUGUACAGAAAACUUGAAGCGCUAGAGGCCUACCUUCAUCAAUUGGCACAACAAAGCGAGACAUUAUUGAAUGAUUAUGAAUUAAUUUCUAGACAAAAAAGCGAUAAUAGAGUCUCAUCUUCUUCCGCCUUGAGUGACAACGACGAAUUUUUCGAUGCAGAAAAUGAGAUAAAUCAGGGAGUCAUUCUACUGGACAACGAUGAAACUUUAGAUGAGGUUAUUUCCGAUAAGGCUGAUGAUACUGAGAUUGGCUCAGACGACAAAAAUGAUACGACAAGUUCUGAACCGGCAAGCGGGGAUCUCUAUCCGUUGCCAUGUAAGAAGAAAGUAAAGCGUCGGAGUGACAUUCGAGCCGCAGUUGCAUCACCACCAAGUCUACUGUCUUUUUUGAGAAAGAAUGUCGGUAAGGAUCUAAGCUCUGUUGCAAUGCCAGUUACAUCGAACGAGCCAAUUUCGAUCUUGCAAAUGAUCUCAGAGACUUUCGAGUAUGCUGAUCUGUUGACUAAAGCAAUCGAGAGCUCAACCAAGACUCAAGUAUUGACCUACGUGUCAGCAUUUGCAAUCUCUUGCCUUUCCAUCCAUCGAGAUAAGACCAGAGCUCUAAGAAAGCCAUUCAAUCCUUUACUAUGUGAGACUUACGAGCUUGUUCGUGAAGAUAUGGGGUUUAGACUGCUAGCAGAAAAAGUAUCCCACAGGCCUCCAAUUUUUGCAUUCCAUGCCGAACAUGCCGACUGGGAGUGUUGUUAUACAGUUUCACCAUUGCAGCGAUUCUGGGGUAAAUCAGUGGAGUUGAACAAUGAGGGUACAUUCCGUCUGAGAUUCAAGAAAUCUAAGGAAACAUUUGAAUGGGUGCAGCCAACUACAAUGCUGAAGAAUCUAAUAGCCGGUGAGCGCUAUGUGGAACCUAUAAACGAAUUCGAGAUUUUGUCCUCAUCAAUCGGUUCUUCAACAAUUGCUUUCCAAGCUGCUGGUAUGUUUGGUGGCAGAUCCGAGCAACUGACUUUAAAGAUUGAACCAGCUGGUGAAACCAAGAGGACGAUACAUGGUAAAUGGACAGAAUCAUUAGUGGACUACACAACCGAAACGGUCAUAUGGGAAGCAGCUAGACUGCUACCUGAUAGUAAGAAGAAAUACGGGUUCACAGAGUUUACCGCAAAUUUAAAUGAAAUAACAGACAUAGAGCGCGGUAAUCUACCUCCCACAGAUUCGAGACUAAGACCAGACAUAAGAGCUUACGAGUUAGGUGAUGUGGAAAAAGCCGAGGCCCUAAAGCUCAAGCUCGAGCAGUUGCAACGUGAUAGACGUAACAAGGGCUUAGACGUCAAACCUAACUUCUUUGAAAAGACAAAGAGUGGAGCCUGGAAGAUGGUUCAAGGUUCCGACAAUUAUUGGGAAAGAAGAAGACGUCAAGACUGGUCUGAUGUCAAGCCACUGUGGUAA